CGCUCUCGGUGGCGGGGGGGCAGUCCCGGUCCCGGCCCUCCGCACGGGUGGGCUCGGAGCAGGCCGCACCGGGCGGGAACCCCACUCCCACCCCGGAGGCCCUCCUGCCCUUUCUCCCCCUUCCCCCCGCGGCCCAUGGUGCGAGGCUGGGAGCCGCCGCCCGGGCCGGACCGCGCUAUCUCUGAAGGGCACAAAUCAGAAAACACCAUGCCUCCUAAUAAAGAGGCCAGCAGUCUUAAUAGCUCCCCUGCGGGGCUCAUCUGCCUCCCUCCAAUCUCCGAGGAGCUCCAGCUUGUGUGGACCCAGGCAGCCCAGACCAGUGAGCUGGAUGGCAAUGAACACUUGCUACAAACCUUCAGCUACUUUCCCUAUCCCAGUCUAGCAGACAUUGCCCUUCUCUGUCUACGCUAUGGGCUGCAGAUGGAGAAAGUCAAGACUUGGUUCAUGGCCCAGCGCCUCCGCUGUGGCAUUAGCUGGUCAUCUGAAGAAAUAGAAGAGACUCGAGCCCGAGUGGUCUACCAUCGGGACCAACUCCAUUUCAAAUCCCUUCUCUCUUUUACUCAUCAUGCAGGGCGGCCCCCAGAGGAGGUGCCUCCUUCUCCAGUGCCACCUCCACAACAAGUUGGUCUUGGAAUAGUGCCCCUGACUCUUAGCGAGCCCACCCAGAUGAAAGGAUUGAAGGUAGAGCCUGAGGAGUCCUCAGAGCCACUGAGUCACCAGAAAGCAAAGGAGCCCCCGAUGGCACCUGGCAGUGGGGCAUUCCCCCACCAAUCAAAUUUUUGGCAGGAUCUUCAAAGUAGUGGCCUCUCUAAGGAGCAGGCAGGCAGGGGUCCCAACCAGUCACAUGGCCGAGGUACUGCUUCCUGGAACCACUCCACAACUGUCCACCAGCCACGUGCUCGGGAUAAGCCCCCACCAAUCUCAUUACCUGCCAGUAGUUGUAAGCAGGAGUCAGCAUCUAAUAUGACUCCUUCUUCUUCCUCUACCUCUUCUUCCUCUUUCCAGGUACUGGCUAAUGGAGCUACUGCCACCUCUAAACCCCUCCAGCCACUGGGCCGUACCCCACAGCCACGGUCACCCAAUGAACAGGCACUACCCCCACAUCUGGAGCCAGCCUGGCCCCAGGGGCUAAGGCAUAACUCAGUACCAGGUAGGGUUGGCCCUGCAGAGUACUCUUCCCCAGAUAUGCAACGCCAGCGAAAGACCAAGCGCAAAACCAAAGAACAGCUGGCUAUCCUCAAGUCUUUUUUUUUACAGUGCCAAUGGGCACGGCGGGAGGAUUACUAUAAAUUAGAACAGAUCACUGGUUUACCUCGGCCGGAGAUCAUUCAGUGGUUUGGUGACACACGCUAUGCCUUGAAGCAUGGGCAACUAAAAUGGUUUCGGGACAACGCAGUCCCUGGUGCCCCUAGUUUCCAGGACCCAGCGAUUCCCACACCACCGCCUUCAACCCGCUCCUUGAAUGAAUGGCCUGAGACACCACCUCUGCCGGCUCCCCCACCCCCACCAGAUAUACGACCCUUGGAGAGGUACUGGGCAGCCCACCAACAGCUACGGCAAAGUGACAUCCCUCAACUGAGUCAGGCGUCAAGGCUUAGCACCCAACAGGUAUUGGAUUGGUUUGACUCUCGAUUACCUGAGCCAGCUGAGGUGGUGGUUUGUCUAGAUGAAGAGGAGGAAGAGGAGGAGGAAGAACUGCCAGAAGAUGAAGAUGAAGAAGAGGAGGAGGAGGAGGAAGACGAGGAUGAUGAUGUCAUCAUACAGGACUGAGUGGGCGGCUGGGGGCGGGGAGGUCUGUUACUAAAAGAUGAACCAACUUAGUAACAUUUAAACAAAGAAACCACAUUUUUUAAAAUUACUUUGUGGCAAAGAACUGAAAAGUUUUGUGUUCUUGAGGUUGGUGGACAGGGAGAUGUAGUGAGGGUGGACCAGGGAGGAUGACCAUAGCGCACAAAGUGAUGUGAGGAUUGGAAAUCCAGACCUCUAGCCUCAGUGAAGAGAGCACUAAGGAUCUGGUCCAAACUACGAGCCAGAUAAAGGCUCUUGCUCAUAGCUGCUGUUCUUUUCCCUUAGUGUACUACAGAGAGGCCAGACCUUGGCCCCACGUCUAUAGGAGGAUUGGAAAGGAGGAGUAAAGAAUUUUGAUUCAAUUGAUGAUUCCAGUGCCUCCCCCAGUCCCACCAUUUUCUCUGGAAUAUAAGGCUGCCUUGCACCCCUUUCUCUCUGAGCACAAGUCCAUGCACAAUGCAGCAAAGAAUCUCAAUAUGUCCCAGUCUUAUCACAAACACUCUCUUCCUCAUACCAACUUGACUGUGUAUGUUUCACCUGCUUCAUUAUUGUCACACAGGUAGCAGAAUGUUUUCUGAUACUGGGACCACUUUGCCUUGUACCUUUUUAACUCUUUCCAGAAUCCCCAUUCUGUUCACUAUUUGUCUCAGGGUAAAUCUUCCCCACGGAGCUUGUGAAAAAGUUUAAUGAUUUGGUGGAGAAUAAUUUAGACCAGAUAUUUAUUGGAGAUGGGACUUAGGGGAGAUGUCCUUUAAAAAAGUAGAUUAGGUUACAGAGGGAUAGAGGAGAGGGAAUGGUUUCGACUGUUCAGAAGGAUGGUGCAGGUAGGUUCCAGGUUUGGUUUUACAAACCUGACACUUCCUCCUGCCUAGCUUGACAGACAUUGAUUUGUCAUCUUUUUGGUGUUGGUUCAAUUUUUGUCCAGAAAAGAGACUUUUUCCUCUCUUUAUAAGAUCUGUCUUGGGGACAAAGGGACCAUGGUCUUUAACUGAACUAAUUAUUGAUGUGUUAGAAUGGUUCUCAUCAGUUGGGGUCAGAUAUAACGAUAUCAGUGGGUUAACCAUCUAGAAAUAAAAGAGUGGAAGGCCCAAAUUUCUAGAAUAAUAAUAAAAAGGCCAAAAAUAAAA